AUGUAUUCUCACUUCGCACUAAACGAUAUCUGUCCUAGUUAUAGCACAUGGACAUGGCACGGCGAAAAUCAAGUUCAAAUGCCUGCACUUGCAGAAAUUCAAACACAACAUAAUCAGCAGGCAGGAUCUUCCAAUGCUAGUUACGGGGACCCUGCUGUGAUGAACCUCUUAAACGAUGCCUUCCCGUUCGCCGCCUCAGGAUAUCAGCAAAAUGUUGUUUAUGAUAACGCCCUUGACACAUUCCCUAAUGUCUCCCACGUUGACUACAACAGUGAUUAUGAUAAGUACAACAGGCUUGUACGCGAAGUACAAACCCCAUUGUAUCCUGACAGUGAGCAUACUGUGUUGGGUACCGUCAUAGAACACAUGCAGAUAAAAAACAAGCGGAGAAAGACUAAGACAUGUUUUGACGAGGAUAUUGCACUUAUGAAGAAAGUGCUUCCCAAAGGUAACAGUUGUCCAAAAAAUUUCGACCAGGUAAAAAGGAUGUUGGCUGGCCUCGGUCUUGAUCACCAAAAGAUAGACGCUUGCGUCAAUAACUGCUUCUUGUAUUACAAAGACAACAAGGAUGAAGUUGAGUGCCCACACUGCUACGAGCCAAGGUAUGAAGCUUCCACUUCAUCUAAGCAGAAAAAGCCCAUUCCUAGGAAGGUUCUUUGUUACUUCCCGUUGGGUCCUCGUCUGCAACGUCUGUAUAUGUCUUCAUAUACGGCCAAACAUAUGAGAUGGCACCAGGCAAGGCACCAGGGAGAGGAGAGGAUAGAUCCAGAUAAUCUCACACACCCCACAGACGGGGAGGCUUGGAAGCACUUUGACCGUUCUUUUCCCGAAUUUGCUGGAGAGUGUCGAAAUGCCAGACUCGGACUUGCAACAGACAUAUUCAAUCCUACUAGAAACAUGAAUUUGUCUUAUAGCAUUUGGCCUGUGAUAGUAUUUCUGUACAAUCUACCUCCCAACAUGUGUAUGAGGAAAGAGUACAAUUUCCUUACGCUUACGGUUCCAGGGCCGUGUUCUCCAGGAAAGUGCUUGGAUGUGUACAUGAGACCAUUAAUUGACGAGUUGCAGGAGUUAUGGGAAAAUGGACUCCAUACUUUUGACAGGCAUGGUCAAACUUCAUUCAUGAUGAAAGCAGCUGUUAUUUGGACCAUCAGUGAUUUUCCAGCUUACGGGAUGUUGUCUGGCCAACAAACUAAGGGGUACAAGGCUUGCCCGAUAUGCAUAGAUGAUGUCAAUUCUAGUUGGCACGCCGACAAAAUUUGUUUCUUGGGAUCUCGUAGACAUCUUCCCGAGGAUCACGAGUGA